AUGCCCCCGACAACUGCAGAACCCCCGCUUAUCACGGCGAAGAGUGGACAACGGAACCUCGUUCGAGAUGGUGCCCGACAUUUGCCUGGCGUUGUGGCCUCGUGGUGGCCAUGCGAGACCGAGUCCGGUAAUCACUGGCACUCCAUCGAGUCCGCGCAUAACAAAAUACAAAGCGGGGUUUCGUACAUUCUCGCAGGUACUUGUGGUGCCAAGGUGUUGGGUCAACGCGAGGCUUGGUGGCACGCGCUGAGAGUCAAUUGCUCCAUCUCACUACUCCGUAUUGCGCUAAGCGAUCAUCGCUGCUCAUGCAUUUCGGGAUCGCACGUGAAGCAACCGGCCCAUCGCAAGAGUCUCGAGUGGUUUUUCGGGUCCAUGUACGUUAGCCAAGAAGAUUUCAGAUCCUGUGCCUUUGUCUUGUGCCGCAAUCUCGUUACCACCGCAAAGGAAACAGACCCCGCGCGCGGUUACGUCAUAACUAUCACCAGAGAUCUGGCGAAUUCCGUCCAGUCCCUUGAUGGGGACUCGCAUUCGCAGCGAACGGAACCGGCAUUCGGUGAUGGAAACGGCAUCAGUGAUCGUACCCCGAUCGCAUUCUUCAAUCCCAGAUACAAUCUGCAAAUCUCGGACCAUCCCACCCGCACCGGCGCGAUCGCUAUUACAGCUAGCUGA